UAUUGUUUGGGGGCCGUCCAUUUGACGUUGGGAGCGUCGUAAAAAAAAAUAUAUUUAAUUUAUAGUUUUACAGUUUUUAUGUCCUUUUGAAUUUGUUGUACAGGUAGCGCUGCACAGAAACAUCGCCAUCAGCUGAGACAACAAAGGUAAAUAACAAAGCAGUUGCAGUGGAGGAUUUGAUAGGGUUUUUUCACCCAUAAAAUUUCGCAAAUCCACCCUCUUCACGGUGUCGAGAAUUUGGCUCGUAUUUCAUUAAGGAACUAUUGAAUUCAUGUUUGAUAUCACAGGCGAUCAAAGAGGCUUUAAGUAGUUAGAACUUGAGUACCCAUUUCAUUACAGGGACUGUCGUGCUUAAAAUUGAAUAAUCCAAUCGUUCAAAGAUUCUGCGGCUCACCAUUUGGAGGCAAGUAUUGCAUUUGAUCAGAGAAGCAAACAAAGUAAGACUACUUGAAGGAGAAAUUUUGCUGAGUUUCAUCUCAAAUCCUUGUUGACGUCAACAGCUUGGAAGACUUAUUUUAGACAGGAGUUCAGGGGAACCUUAAUCCAUUGUAAAAUGCAGGAAAGAACCAAUGGAGUUAAGACAGGAAAACCACGAAAGACUACAACACCUUCAUCAGUUAGCUCCCUCCCACCUAUUCUAGAUAUUGAAGAUUUCAAGGGUGUUUUCUCAUUUGACGACUUAUUUGGGAGCUUGGUGAAUGAGUUGCUGCCCUCAUUUCAAGAGGAUGAUACCGAAUCUUCCGAGGGAAGAAACAGUGCAGGAGGCCAGGAUGCCAUAUACAAUGGGCAUUCGCGUUUCCCUUCAGAAGCAACAAAAACAACUUUAGGAGCAGGUCCCCCACUAUUCUCUGAGGCAGAGUCUCUAUUAUCUCUUUUCAAGGAUUGUCGGCAGGAGUUGGCAGACCUCAGUCACCAGGUGGAUGCAAGAUUGGGCAAUCUGAAGAAGGAAGUGGCUGUUCAUGAUUCCAAGCAUCGAAAAACACUAUCUGAGCUAGAGAAAGGAGUGGAUGGCCUAUUUGAGAGUUUCAGCAGGCUAGAUUCUCGCAUCUCUGUUGUUGGUCAGACUGCAGCAAAGAUUGGUGACCAUUUACAGAGUGCAGAUUCACAAAGAGAUACUGCUAAUCAAACUAUAGAACUCAUCAGGUACCUAAUGGAGUUCAACAGCAAUCCAGGCGAUCUAAUGGAGCUCUCACCACUCUUCUCUGAUGAUAGCCGAGUUGCUGAGGCUGCAGCAAUUGCACAAAAACUCCGCUCAUUUUCUGAAGAAGAUGUAGGAAGACAAGGAAUGGCUGUUGCAUCUAUCAGGGGUACUGCAAAUGCUAGCAGGGGCUUAGAAGUUGCUGUUGCAAAUCUUCAGGAUUAUUGUAAUGAAUUAGAGAACCGUCUGCUGGCUCGGUUUGAUGCUGCUUCCCAACGGAGAGAGUUGUCAACCAUGGCAGAGUGUGCUAAGAUAUUAUCCCAGUUUAACAGAGGGACAAGCGCUAUGCAACGAUAUGUAGCUUCACGCCCAAUGUUUAUAGAUGUUGAAAUCAUGAAUGCAGAUGCAAGAAUGGUUCUGGGAGACCAGGGCCUACAGUCAGGCCCCAGCAAUGUGGCACGUGGCCUUUCAGCAUUGUACAAAGAGAUCAUAGAAACUGUCCGAAAAGAAGCUGCUACAAUUACAGCUGUUUUUCCUUCUCCAGAUGCAGUUAUGUCAAUCCUUGUGCAGCGUGUUUUGGAGCAGAGGGUUUCUGCAGUGUUGGAUAAAUUUUUGCCCAAGCCAUCACUUGGAAACCCACCUCCUAUGGAAGAAGGAGGUCUUUUAUUGUAUCUAAGAAUUCUAGCAGUGGCAUAUGAGAAGACACGAGAACUGGCUAAAGAGCUGCGGGCCCUGGGAUGUGGUGACUUAGAUGUUGAGGGGCUGGCAGAAUCUCUAUUUUCUGCACACCAAGAUGAGUAUCCAGAACAGGAACAAGCUUCUCUAAACCAACUAUUUCAAGCCAAGAUGGUAGAGUUGCGUUCUGGAGCACAACCAGUUCUUGAAGUUUCUGGUACACUUUCCCGUGGAAAAACAUCUGCUGCAUUUGCACAACAACAGAUGUCAGUAAGUGUUGUUACUGAGUUUGUCCGCUGGAAUGAAGAGGCAGUUGCUCGGUGCACUUUGCUAUCACCUCAGCCUGCUGCUCUUGCAAACAAUGUCAAAGCAGUCUUUACUUGCCUACUUGAUCAAGUCAGCCAAUAUACAACAGAAGGAUUGGAAAGAACUAGAGAGGCUCUUAAUGAUGCUGCAGCUUUAAGGGAGCGAUUUGUUAUUGGUACAAGUGUUAGCAGAAGAGUGGCUGCAGCUGCUGCUUCUGCUGCAGAAGCUGCUGCAGCAGCAGGUGAAAGCAGUUUCAGAGCUUUCAUGGUUUCUGUGCAACGUGCCACCAGCAACGUAGCUCUGGUUCAGCAACACUUUGGAAACACUAUUACAAGAUUGUUAUUACCUGUUGAUGGUGCUCAUGCAGCUUGUUGUGAAGAAAUGACAACAGCUAUGUCAUGCGCUGAGAGUGCGGCUUUAAAAGGACUUCAACAAUGUAUUGACACGGUUAUGGCAGAGGUGGAUCGUCUUCUAGCUGCUGAACAGAAGGCAACAGAUUAUCGAUCACUAGAUGAUGGAAUUGCCCCAGACCAUCGUCCAACAGUUGCUUGUACUCGAGUUGUAGCAUACUUGGCUCGUAUUCUUGAUGCAGCAUACAGUGCUUUGGAAGGGCUUAACAAGCAAGCUUUUAUGACAGAAUUGGGAAAUCGCUUGCAUAAGGGUCUUCUCAAUCAUUGGCAACGAUUCACAUUCAGUCCCAGUGGGGGAUUACGAUUGAAGCGUGACAUUACAGAGUAUACAGAUUUUGUGCGUAGCUUCAAUGCACCUGCGGUUGAUGAAAAGUUUGAAUCACUAGGCGUCUUGGCAAAUGUAUUCGUAGUUGCUCCAGAAAGUCUUCCCACAUUGUUUGAAGGAAACCCAAGUAUUCGCAAAGAUGCCUUGAGGUAUAUUCAGCUGCGUGAAGACUAUAAAACUGCCAAAAUUGCAAGCAGACUGAACUCUUUGAUGGUAGAAUAACAGGUUGUAUUGCUUCGAAAUUCCAGAUAAUGUAAAAUUCAGUUUCCACCAGAUCCUCUGGGAUACUUAAGAGUUAUUAUGCUGGGACAGAUUGUAAAUCCUCUCUAAAUUUGGUACCGACAAAUUUCACCUCAUAUUAAUUUGCCGUUGUGUUUCUAAUUCAUGAAUACUGAGAUUUGCAUGUGUCCUCUAGGUAUUCUGGCACUAAAAUCUGCCUGUAACAUGUUCUACUGUGUAUCGGUUGAGAUGCAUCUGAUUGUAAGUGCCUCUUUGAAUGUUUUUAAUUAGAUUACAGUGAGUACAAGUA